GGAUGGUUUCUCUCGUACAGCGAGAGCCACACACACACUGCGACCUCCUAGGCAGUGAGUGCAGACGUGCAGUAUGACUCCUCUCGCUCCUUCCAUUCACGCAAGCGCAAGUGCGCAACUUGCUGCUCUCGCUGUCUCAGAUUCCCUGCUACGCCGCCUCCUCCGCGGCUCCGCCACCAGUCUCCCCUGCAACCGGGAAUCCGGGAUAAGAGGAAGAGAAACCGCGCGGCAAAAGGAAAGGAGUACAGGAGCGAGAAAAGAAUCUCUGACCGGAGUCCUGCCAGGCUGAUAGAUUCCUGGCAGCCAUGGAUAUACUGCUAGGUUCUGGGAGAUUCUUGGCGCGACGGACUCCCCUCAUGCUCGUCCCUCGCUGCUCUCGAGGCUCCCGGGACAGAAGCGGCAGCGACAAAGGUGAAACCUCUGCUGACUGGGACAAGGCAUGGGCUAAGUUCAAGAAGAAAGGGAAGAGGACCCUCUUUUCUGAUUUCUCACCAGACAAGUAUGUGACCUGGAACCCACGGCGCAGCGAGUAUCCGUUGUCAGAAGAGGUUGAUCCAAUCAAGAGAACUGAAAGAUCUAACUUGAUGCUUUGGACGAGUCCCCAGUUCACGUUGGUGGGGGCGAUUAUCAUCGUCUUGACAUUACUAAUCUACACACUAGUCGUUCCUCCCAAGUAACUGCACAAGUGACAGCUAGGAGGUGAGUUGUAAAUCAAUAUUAUUUCAAAUGGGAAGUCUGGAUUGUACAAUUUUUACGUGCAUUACACCAACUACAGUAGUAUUGCCUCCAUUGCAACCUAGUUGUAUAUUAAGUUACUCUUCAUUCCAUCGAAGAAAUAUUUGGGGGCCAGGUACAAUAAUAUGUUGGUCGGUAUUCAAUAAAUCAUAAUACAUGCUGAUGCUCCUGAUU